AUGGAAGACUCCCACUCCGUCCACCUUUACCUCCCUUCCUCUGCCGCAUCCCAACCCCCAUCUGAUUCAUCCUCUUCCUCAUCCGAGACCAUCCCAACGCAACCGCCCGGAUCAACAGUCACCAAUGCCUCCAUAGGUCAGGACGGUCCUGCAUUCUUCGGUGUAUUCGAUGGACACGGUGGUUCAUCGGCCGCCAAAUUCGCAGGUACAACUUUACAUCAGCGUUUGGCCGACCUGCCCGCAUACAAAUCCGGAGACUAUGAAGAGGCUCUCAGACGGGCCUUCUUCAAGACUGACGAGGACUUGCGAGCGGAACCAACAUUCUUCAAUGAUCCCUCUGGAUGCACUGCCGUCACCGUCCUCGCGACCGGGGACGGACGUCUUAUCUGUGCCAAUUCCGGUGACUCGCGAUGUGUUCUCGGUGUCAAGGGCGAGGCAAAGGCGUUGUCCAACGACCACAAGCCGACAAAUAAGGAGGAGACUGCCCGUAUACAGUCUGCAGGAGGAUUUGUCGAGUUUGGUCGGGUCAAUGGUAACCUCGCGUUGUCUCGUGCCAUGGGAGACUUUGAAUUCAAGCAAAACUUUUCACUAGAAGCCGCAAAGCAGAUUGUAACAGUAGACCCGGAGAUAACGACACACAAGAACACUGGAGAAGAAGAGUUUGUGGUUUUGGCCUGUGAUGGCAUUUGGGACUGCCUGUCAUCUCAACAGGUCAUCGACUUUGUUCGUCGGGCCGUCGCCAACGGAGACGAACUUGGCAAGAUCUGCGAAGACAUGAUGGUGAAAUGUACCGCUAGAGAUUCAGAAACAGGCGGAAUUGGUUGUGACAACAUGACCGUCGUCAUUGUUGCCUUGUUGAACGGUCGUUCCGUCUCAGAGUGGCGCGAUUGGGUCAAGGAGCGAGUGGAGAAGAAGGUCGGCUAUGACACUCCCGAGUCCAUCCCCGAUGUCUUUGCCCAGGUCGCUCAACAGUCCAGUUUAUCGGGCAUCUCAGGGUUCGGAGGUGGUGGAUUUCGGGUCACUGGAGCUGGAGGCUUGGCCAAUAUUGCCAGCAUCCUCGGUGCUUCGGGAUUAUCGUUUCGACGCGUAGACGAAAACGACGAAGACGCUGAGGGCGGCAACGGCAAGGGGGGAAUUUUGGUCUACGACGAUGAUGAAGAUAAGGAAGCUGCACAUGAGGACGACAAUCAAUCUUCAGAAGGAUCCUCGACCAAGGUUGAAGGAGGGUCCGAGGCUGGAAGUUCGAAAGACUUGCCCGGUGCAUACAUGGAUGACAAGGCGUUGAAAAGUGGGACUAAGCCCAAGGAUAUCACGGAGAAACUCGACGCAUCUUCCGACAAGGUCUUAACGUCUGAUUCGAAAAAGGGGUCCGUUCAGCUCGUUGACGAGGACGGCGACUCGACCAUGGAUUCAGAUGAUGAAUCCGAUUCGACGACCACCGGUGCCCAGACUCCCAACCACGACGCUUCUGCGAACCACGCCUCGGGCCCCAAAGCCAAGUCAGCAACCACCUCUUCCAGUCAUUCUGAAUCUGGUCCCACUGAUCGAACUCCAUCUUUCCGAUCUAUUGGAUCCCCUGAAAUCCCUACACCUCAAGAGUUGCAAGCUGUGGAAUCAUUACAGAAACAAGUGAGGAGUGAACCUGGUAGAGAUGAAGCUCCGUCAGUCGCAAAGGUCGAAGGGCUGAUGGAUACGAGCGAAGGGCCCUUAAAGUUGUAG